AUGAUGCGUCAAUUAUCUACUGUUGUGUUCUCUUUGAUCGUGCUUGCCAACUGUUCGCCGUCCCCUGCCGCCUACAGGACAGCUCCAACCACCACGGUUAUCAGGCGCGAAGCUCUCUACAACGAUGAUGAGGCAGGGAGUGUGGAAGUUCUGAGGAAGGAAGAUGACAAACCUCAGUUGGAAUUUGUGAAUCCCCUUCAACGAAAUCAACUCGAAGAGAGCGCGGAAGAACUUAUGGAAAUUAGAAGGCGAAAAAGAGAAAGAGAGGAGGAGCAGGAGGAGCAGCGGUUUCGGCGAGAGGUCCAAAUUGAAAAGUUUAAGCAGACACUUUUAAGGCGGCUUCACUUAACUGAACCACCCGAUCUGAGUCACCAUGGAAGUGUGUCGAACAGAACUGUGGCAAAUCGCUUUCUGCGGUCCCUCCCACUGGCUCUACAAGGUCGCCUGCUUAACCAAAUUCGCGCUGAUGACGGAGCUGUAGAGCCACCAGCAGACAGGACAGACGAAAGGGAAACUCUGAUUUUACUAAGAAGCCUUCAAUGGAAGUUGCCGAAAGUGUCUUCUGCGACAUUUGCUGUUGAGUUGGCCGACGAAAUCGACCCUUCAAGAAUACAAUCAGCCCUUUUGCAAUUCGAGACUAGCGAUCCGCUGCUGAAGGGAGAACGUCUCGAGGUCUGGGAGGUUUUUCUGACGUCCCAGGACGUCGGUGAGCAGAACUACCACUCAUCGAAUCGCUUUAACAACUUGACUUGGCUAUUCGAGAAGCAUCGGAACCAGCACCCUAGUUAUACAAGCAUUCCUGCGCCCACGGUCAUUCGUUCGAGCUCGCUGUCUUCUGACCGCACUGAGCCGGAGGUGUACAGGACGGACGCAAUUCGAAUCCGGCCAGGACGGGUAGCGGAGGCCAUUGUACCAAAUUUUCCUGGACUUGUACAAGUCACACUGGAGAUAAGUGGCACAUUCUUUCAGUGGAUGUAUCACAAAAAACGACAGCCUCUAAUGCAAAAGGUUGUACGGACGCUGCUGGUAGUUUGUCCGAGGUGCGACAGUCAAGUGGAUCCAGUGGAUGUUAAGAAGGGGAUUCUUGAAAUACGCCACCGAAACAGCAUUCGACGGACACGGAGGUCGCUUGAACCCAAUCACGGUCAGACUAUCACUAUUGGAAACAAGUGCAGCCCCAAAGGACACAAAUUCAGUUGUUGUACACAAUCAUUCUCCCUAAAUUUUGAAGAUGUCGGCUGGCAUAACUGGAUCCUCCAUCCCAAAACUGUGGAACCCAACUACUGUCAUGGAUCAUGCCAAGCUGACGGUAUCCAGAAGACACCGCACUCCGAUCUCAUGCACAUCUACCGAAGUCAGAAUUAUGACCAACUCUCUGAAGUACAGCGUGAGGCAAUGCUCUCGUGCUGUCAUCCGAUAAAAAUGGCCAGCAUGAGUGUUCUAUACGUAGACCAGAACAAUGAGCUUCGGAUGAAUACUUUGCAUAACAUCAUUGUUCUCGAAUGCGGUUGCAGCUAA